GUCGCAGGCGAUGGCGCAGGCUCAGGCUCCGUCACAGGCACAGGCAACUCAUCAGCCCAGCACCAGGAACAGCAGCAACAGCAGCAGGCCAGCACAGCCCAGCACAAGCGUGUCUACCAGGCAUGCAUUCCCUGCCGCCGCCGCAAGGUCCGCUGCGACCUGGGUUCCGUCGAUAACCCGCAUGACCCGCCGUGUGUGCGCUGUCGCCGCGAGUCUAAGGAAUGUUACUUUAGUGCAACCCGCCGCAAGCGAAAGACGGAAGACGGCGAUAAUGACGGUGACGUUGGCGACCUGCGCGAGGACGAGUACAUCCUGCGCAACGGCCGCAAGAGACCGCACACCGAAAGCUCGCCUCCACCUGCCCUCGACCGUCGCUACUAUAGCGAUGUGCCGCUGACCCCAGGCGGGUCUGUGGGACGCACCCAGCCCCUCCGAAGACCCGGUGCCGUCCGCGAGCACUCGCGCUCUGACUCUCGGAGCUCCAUCUCCGCCUCUAGGGGCCGCGGCGGGACCACCGAGUUUGGCGGCGACGAGCCCAACACCCCGCUGGAGAACUACGAGGCCCGUACGGUCAUGCGAAAGGAGGUCUACGGCCCACAUGAUGCUCUGGAUCUCCUGUACAAGGCCGCCCACGACACGAGCUCGCACGCCCUGGGGCUGCAGCAGACCCCGUCGCUGAACCUGUCCACCAGGACCGGUGAUGGGAUGCUCUACGCCCAGCACGGCGUCUCCCAGCGGGCCUCUUCCGAUGCACCCAUCGACCCCCAGCUCACAAAGGCCCCAGGCGCCAGGACAGAGUCGCUGCCGUCACAUGCCGAUGCCCUCAAGGCCUGGACGAGAUUCAGGUUCGUGAGGGCUGGGUGGUUUACUGCCCAGGAGGCUAUCAACUACAUUGACUACUACUACAAAUAUCUGUCCCCACUGACGCCCAUAUCGCCGCCGACGUUCCAGGACCCUGCCACGCACCUGACACUUCUGACCGAGGAGCCUAUACUGGCCGUCACUCUCCUGACCAUUGCCUCUAGAUAUCGCAAGCUGCCAGGCACGGGAGGCCUGUGUCGGGCAAAUGCCAUUCAUGAGCAGCUGUGGACGUACCUCCGGGGCAUGAUCGAGCGGGUGAUAUGGGGCCAGGAGGCCUUUGGAGGUGGCUUCUGCGGCUCUGGCGCUGACGAGUCGCAGACCUCGAGCACGGCCCCGUGGCGGGGGCUUCGGAAGGGCAGCCUGCGGACGCUGGGCACCAUCGAGUCGCUCAUGAUCUUGACAGAAUGGCACCCCAGGGCCCUGCACUUUCCUCCCUCGGAAGCCAUCGACGAGCUGAUGAUCCCUGCCUAUGACUCGAUACCGCCGCCCGGCCUCGACGGCGCCAACCCUCCUGCCCUGGGCGUCGGCGGCAGGAGGGUGGAGAGCUGGCUCGAGCCCGCGUGGAGGAGCGACCGCAUGUGCUGGAUGCUCCUCAACGCCGCCAUGGGCCUCGGCUACGAGCUCGGCGUCUUCGACGACAUUGAUGAGCUCCUCGACUCGGGAGCCAUCUCCCGGCCCGAGUACGAGGAGGAGACGUACAGGCUGCGGGCCGACCGCAUCAAGCGGCUCAUCCUCAUCUACCUGAGCCAGCUGGCCGGGCGCCUGGGCUGGACCAACAUGGUCCCCGAGGCCCUGCGCAAGACGACGACCAUGGCCCGCAGGCGGCCUACAUCAUCUGCUGUGGAGGGGACUACUCCCGGUACUAAUAUUUCAUCGCUUUCUGCCCCCUUCAAUUACAUACCUAAUCUAGCGCUAGACGAUGCCAUCAUCCAUUGCUGGGCGGGCAUCAGCAAUGCCAUGCACAGCGGCAAUGAGAGGCUGUUCAAGUCGAGAAAGCACACCACCGAGAUCAUCCAGACCGACAGGUACGUCGAGCUGCUCAAGGACUUCCAGCCCAUGCUGCAGGACUGGCGCACCCAGUUUGAGCGCUACGAGCUGCCCCCGUACAUCCGGCACAUCCUCACCAUCGAGUAUGAAUACGUGCGCAUCUACGUCAACUCGCUGUCGCUGCAGGCCGUCGUGGAGCGCUGCGCCAACAUCGCCUCGGGCCAGUCGCAGGCGGCGGCGGCCCCCAGCAGCAACAACGGUGCCGCUGCUGCUUCCACGAGCUCCGGCAACCAGCUGAGCCCCAAGACCCAGGACAUGUACGGCAAGAUGCCUAUCGGCAACAUUGGCGGCGUCAGCGCGGCAGACCAGGAGUACAUUAGGGAGGUCGUUGAGGGGAGCCGCAACCUGCUGCGGGCCGUCGUCGAGGGCCUGCUCCCCGAUGACUAUCUGAAGCACGCACCCGUCAGGACCUACUUUCGCAUCAUCAGCGGUGCCAUGUUCCUCCUCAAGACCUUUGCCCUAGGCGCCACCAGGCACGACGUGGAGGUCUCCAUCCGCCUCAUGGACAGCACGGUGGAGGCCCUGCGCACCUGUGUCGUGGACGACGUGCACCUCGGGAUCCGAUUUGCUGAUCUCCUAGAGAACCUGACCAUGCGGCUGCGAAACCGCUUCAUCUAUGUGGCCAACCCCACGAACCAGACCCAAGCCGCCUCGGCAGACGGCAGGAGUCCAAUGCCAGAGAACAUGGCGCCAGAUGGCAGCGGUACUGGCAACAACAACAACACCACUAACAACAACAACAACAACCAUAACAACAACACGCAUGGCGCUGCCGGCAUACCCACUGCAGGAGUGGCUGAUAUGUUUGGCGGCGACGGCACAGACUGGGCAGGCCCCGCAGGCGACAUGUGGUUCUUACCCGCGGGCCCAGCCUUUUUCCAAAACGUGGGCGGGCCUGGCGACAGCGGCGUCGGUAUGUCGGCCGAGGGGAUCAACGUGGGUGGCAUGGACUUGCUGGACUACAUGGCUAUGGACCAGUACCCCCUUGACGGGGGCGGGCCGCUGUAG